GAACAGUAUAUCUCCAUUAAUCUCCUGUCGUAGAGGGGGAGCACCUUCUAGAAAGCUGAAGCUGCUCACGAAUGGGUCUUUCUCUGUGUCCCUCCGAGUCACACCGCUGCGACAUUCCCGUCUUCUCCCACAUCAAAUUUGACAGCUGCUCCGUUAGGGUCUGCUUCGGGACGACUUUAGCGAUCUGGAAUCCCCUUGUCCGCAUAUCCGCCGUCGCUUCCUCCGCAGUCGAGUAGAGCCCAGUUCCCUCUUGAUAGAAGACCCUCAAUUUGGCAGGAUAGGGCAUCUGGAAUCUUAUGUUCUGUUGUUUCAGAUCUCUUUUAGCUUCAGCGUAGUCCUUACGUUUUCGCAGGAUAGCUGGCGCGUAGUCUUGAUCGAAAUAUAUUCUCUGACCGUUCAGCAGAACAGUCCUCUUGGCCCACGCUUUGCGCAGAACUUCUUCCUUUGUGUCAAAGCGGGCAAAACAGAUCAAUAUCGAACGUGGGGUUCCCUCUCGGUUCCUCACUGCUCCCAGAGCCCGGUGUGAUCUCUCGAUACUCGGGAGGUCGAGGCAUUCCGUCAAUACUUUUUCCACAAAAACUGGCAUCGAAGACCCUUCUGCUCCUUCGGGGACAUUAUACAGCCUCAGAUUCUUUCGCCAGGCCCAGCUAUCCUGAUCCGCGAUUUUAUUUUCUUGCUCGCCGAUAAUUUUUAGCAUGUUUAGCAUCACCUGUUCCACGUUUUGGACCCGGUCUUCCAUCUUCGCGAUACGGGUUUCUGCUUCGGUUAUCCUAUUAUUGGCUCUGACCAAGUCUGAUUUAAAUUCUUGGAACUCUCUCCGAAAGUCCCGUAGUUCUUCCAGUAUCGUGAUCAAAGCCAAGCCUUCAUCCGUGUUAGCCCUAGCAUUGGCUUCAUGUCGAGGUGGCGAUGCCGCUGCCGAAAACCCUUCGUUUACGCGUUCUUCUGCCGAGCCUUUCUGUUUAUCCCUUUUCCCCAUGUUCACCCCGCUUAUACCUCUACUAUCUAUCAAAAAUUGGUAAUAAUUAUGACACUUCACGGGGUGAACGACUUAAUUAUGAGAGAGAGCUACUCGUUAGACUGCCAUGCGUUGGGAUGACGUCACCGGAACCGGCCAAAUUAUCUAUCCUAAGUAAGCAUAACUUUGUUUUUUCGAGACAAUGAGUUUGCAUACUUUUCCUGCUAACUCAUUACUGUACAGCUUUUCAUUUUUUUCCUUCUGAUUAUCGAAUUAGAGGUUCAGGUGAUGAGGAAGAAAUUAAAAUAUUCAGUCAAAGUAGCUUCAUGGCUCCAUCUAGUGGACUGAUAGUAGAAGUAGAGCAGCUGAUGGCAGCUUCCUCUGCCUCACACUGCUGUCUGACUGCAUUCAGCUGACACUGAGAUGAAGCAGAAAAGAAGCAGCUGAUAUUUGGCCAGCACACAUGAUGGAAAGGAGGAUUUCAGUUGAUGUGCACAUGAAUGAUUUGUGUUUCCUCGGAAGGUGAAGGUAGAAAGUGUGUGUGAGCUGACGUCAAUUCAGCAGCAUGGAUCAGUGUGAGGACAGAGAGGAGGGAGCCCCUCCCUCUAAAACCACUCUGUGUGGGGAACAUGAGAGCCAGACCAAAGCUCAGAGGAACCAACCUGGACCUGAACCCAGCUGUGUGUCCUUAAAGAGCAACUUCUCAAAAGGUAUCGGUGAAGAUUUUAUGGGACAACAUUCUCCACCUGAAAGGAACCAACUUAGACUUGAGCCUUGGCCUAUACCUGAACCCAGCUGUGUGUCUUUAAAAAGCAACUUCUCAAAAGGUAUUGGUGAAGAUUUUAGACAACAGCAUUCUCCAGCAGAGAGAGUGGACACGAAGACCUCGGUGGUUCCCAGUGGUCAUUCUGCACAGCAGCAGAAUCCAAAACACCUGGACUCCAUAUUUAUGCUGCUGGAGGAAAACAUUAUCACUUUUGUGAAGAAUGAGUUGAAGAAGAUCCAGGAGGUUCUGAAUCCCGGUUACGGGCAAAACCCAGAGCGUCAGAAGAAGGAUGAGGAGGUGUUAGACACUGAGAAUCAAGAGCAGGGGAACAGCAGCAGAGAGGCAUUUGUGAAAAUCACACUGCACUUCCUGAGGAGAAUGAAGCAGGAGGAUCUGGCUGACUGUCUGCAGAGCAAAAUGUUUGCUCCACUUUAUCAGCAUAACCUAAAAUCUAAGCUGAAGAGGAAGUUCCAGUGUGUCUUUGAGGGGAUCGCUAAAGCAGGAAACCCAACCCUUCUCAAUCAGAUCUACACAGAGCUCUACAUCACAAAGGGAGGGACUACAGAGGUCAAUCAAGAACAUGAAGUUAGACAGAUUGAAACAAGAGCCAGGAAACCAGACAGAGAAGAAACAACAAUCAGACAAGAAGACAUCUUUCAAACCUCACCUGGAAGAGAGAAACCAAUCAGAGCAAUGCUGACAACAGGGGUGGCUGGUAUUGGGAAAACAAUCUUAACUCAGAAGGUAACUGUGGAUUGGGCUGAAGAAAAAGCCAACCAGGACAUCCAGUUCAUGUUUCCAUUCACUUUCAGAGAGCUGAAUGUGCUAAAAGAGGGAAACUUCAGUUUGAUGGAACUUGUUCAUUAUUUCUUUACUGAAAUCAAAGAAGCAAGAAUCUGUAGCUUUGAAGAUUUCAAGGUUGUCUUUAUUUUUGAUGGUCUGGAUGAGUGUCGACUUCCUCUGGACUUUUGCAAUACAGAAAUCCUAACUGACCCAAGAAAGUCCACCUCAGUAGAUGUGCUGCUGACAAAUCUCAUCAGAGGUGAUCUGCUUCCUACUGCUCGCCUCUGGAUAACCACACGACCUGCAGCAGCCAAUCAGAUCCCUGCUGAGUGUGUGGACAUGGUGACAGAGGUCAGGGGGUUCACUGACCCACAGAAGGAGGAGUACUUCAGGAAGAGAUUCAGAGAUGAGCGGCUGGCCAGCAGGAUCAUCUCCCACAUCAAGACAUCACGAAGCCUCCACAUCAUGUGUCACAUCCCAGUCUUCUGCUGGAUCACUGCUACAGUUGUGGAGGAUGUGCUGAAAACCAGAGAGGGAGGAGAGCUGCCCAAGACCCUAACUCAGAUGUACAUCCACUUCCUGGUAGUUCAGGCCAAAGUGAAGAAGGUCAAGUACGAUGGAGGAGUUGAGACAGAUCCACACUGGAGUCCAGAGAGCAGGAAGAUGAUUGAGUCUCUGGGAAAACUGGCUUUUGAUCAGCUGCAGAAAGGAAACCUGAUCUUCUAUGAAUCAGACCUGACAGAGUGUGGCAUCGAUAUCAGAGCAGCCUCAGUGUACUCAGGAGUGUUCACACAGAUCUUUAGAGAGGAGAGAGGACUGUACCAGGACAAGGUGUUCUGCUUUGUUCAUCUGAGUGUUCAGGAGUUUCUGGCUGCUCUUCAUGUUCACCUGACAUUUGUGAAGUCUGGAGUCAAUCUGAUGGAAGAAAAUCAAAAAGCCUCCCAGAAAUUUAAAACAAGAAAACCUGGAAAGAAACAUUUCUACCAGAGUGCCGUGAACAAGGCCUUGCAGAGCCAAAAUGGACAUCUGGACUUGUUCCUCCGCUUUCUUCUGGGUCUUUCGCUUCAUAAUAAUCAAAGUCUUCUGCAAGGACUGUUGGCACAGACAUCAAAUAGCUCACGGACAAAUCAAAUUCUGUCACAAUGUUUGUUGACGCUGACUGGAAGUAGCUCACAGACCAAUAGAAAAGCAGCUCAGUAUAUAAAAAUGAGGCUCAGUAGGAAUCUGUCUACAGAGCAAAGCAUCAAUUUGUUCCAUUGUCUCAAUGAACUGAAUGAUCGUUCUCUGGUGAAGAAAAUCCAACAAUCGUUGAGUUCACAACGUUUUUCCACAGAUAAACUGUCUCCUGCUCAGUGGUCAGCUCUGGUCUUCAUGUUACUGUCAUCAGAAGAAGCUCUUGAAGUGUUUGAUCUGAAGAGUUACUCUGCUUCAGAGGAGGUUCUUCUGAGAUUGUUGCCAGUGAUCAAAGCCUCCAACAAAUCUCUACUGAGCAACUGUAACCUUUCAGAGAGAAGCUGUGAAGCUCUGUCCUCAGUCCUUAGAUCCCAGUCCUCCAGUCUGAGAGAGCUGGACCUAAGUAACAACAACCUAAUGGAUUCAGGAGCGAAGAUGCUGUUUGCUGAACUGAAGAGUCAGCACUGUACACUGGAAACAUUAAGAUUAAGUAUGUGCAACCUCUCAGAGAGAAGCUGUGAGGCACUUUCCUCAAUUCUUGGACUAUAUCCCACAUCUUUAAAAGAGCUGGACCUGAGCAACAAUGACCUGAAGGACUCAGGAGUAAAGAUGUUUUCUGCUGGACUGAAGAGUCCACAAUGUACAUUGGAAACUCUAAGGCUUUCAGGUUGUUUGAUCACAGAAGAAGGAAGUAAUGAUUUGGCUUUAGCUCUGAGCUCCAACCCCUUCCAUCUGAGAGAACUGGAUCUGAGCUACAAUCAUCCAGGAUACUCAGCAGUAAAGCUUCUGUCUUCUGGAGUGAAGGAUCCACAUUGGAAUCUUGACACUUUGAGGGUGGAGCCUGCUGGAGUCCGAUGGUUGAGACCAGGUCUGAGGAAGUAUGCCUGUGAACUUACAAUUGACAUGAACACAAUUAGCAGAGAACUUCAUCUGUCUGACAACAACAGGAAGGUGACACGUGGACGACCAUUUCAGUCAUAUCCUGAUCAUCCAGAAAGAUUUGAACGGCCUCAGUUUCUGUGUCGUGAUCCCCUGAGGGGUCGCUGCUACUGGGAGGUUGAGUGGAGAGGAUAUUCUGAUCUAUCUGUAAGUUACAGCAAAAUCAAAAGGAAAGGAAGAAAUAAUACUGGUGCAUUUGGAUGGAAUGAUCAUUCCUGGAGUUUGUGGUUCUCUGAAAGUAAUCCUUACUGUGUCUCUUACAAUAACAAAAAAACACAUAUCUCCUCCUCCUCCUCUGUGUCUAACAGAGCAGCAGUGUAUGUGGACUGUCCUGCUGGCACUCUGUCCUUCUACAGAGUCUCCUCUGACACUCUGAUCCACCUCCACACCUUCAACACCACAUUCACUGAACCUCUUUAUCCUGGAUUUACACUCUGGGAUAGAGCAUCAGUGAGUCUGUGUGUAGUUUAGUAUAAAGAGUGUCUUCUUGUUAUAAAUAUACUCAGCUGAAUCAGAGUACAGUUAAGUCUGUAAAUAUCUAUCUAUUUCACUUAGACACACAUUUUCAGAUUCCUGGAUUAAGACAAAUUUAAAAACUGCUCAGAGACAUUCACACAUUAUUACCUAAAGAAGUUUUCGUUCACCCUAUUUUUAUUCAUACUCACUCUUACAAUACUGAAAUGAUAACUAUGCUGUAACCUGUUUGUGAUGUAUAAAUAACCAGGAAAUUAUUGUUAUGUUACAAAUGAUGUUUACAUUUUUGCAGUUGUAGACAAUGUUCCUUGUUUUUUACACUGCACCUAUUUAUAUAAUAUGUAUUUGGUGUUUAAAACAAAAUGCUGUGUUGUGUUUUUUUAGCCAAAAUCUGAACAAAUUAGAAAACAUCUUAAAACUGAGACCUUCGGUUGCCUUUAACAGCCUGUUGACUCGGUUGUUUAUAAACAACCAGGGAUCAAUUUCAUAUGAACAAAAACAAAAAGAAAAGAAAUGACAGCUAAGGUUACUCACAGUUGCCUUGCCCCAAUGUUUAACUUCUAGUCUCUUAAUCUAAUGUUAUCUUUUAAAUAAAGUGCACAAAUGACUAAUAUCACCAAAUAUGUAACUCCACCCGGGGUAACUAGGAACAGACCCAUACAAGUUCAACCCAAACUUGCCUGAACCUAAGUGGAGGGCUUUUUUCUUUCUUUAAAAAUCUGUGAAUAUUUUACACAUUUGCAUUACAAUGGCCGAUAAUUAUUUUCCUCCAAUUAAAUAAAUUGUUUCCACUCAUUCUUUCUGAGGUUUAAGUAAUUAAUCCAACACUUCUCCACUUCUUAUUCUGGCUGGUUUCUGUGAUUGAAAGAGUAACAGUGAAAAUAAUAUCUUAAGAUUUUUAAUUAAUUGAUGUUGUAAUUGUAAUUCCAGAUCAUUUUUCUCACUCACUUAUUAUUGCAUUACUUUAUAUACUGAAGGUGAAUUUAUAUCAGCUUAUUACUUG